AUGUCUCUAUCAGACUCUGACGGCGAAACCGUCGUGGUUCCUCCAGGAGAGGUCCGGGAUUUCAACUCGGACAACAUACUUCCCCUACCAGCAAAAGAUCUCGCUGAAAUCACAAAAUGGCUUCAGCCAACUCCAUACGACUUUGAAAGAAGCGAAUAUUCUAGGCAUCGUGCCUCGCAUCUACUUGGGACUGGCGCUUGGCUCACUUCAACCCCAGUCUACCAGCAAUGGCACUCUGGCGACAACGGCUUGCUAUGGAUCAAAGGCAUACCCGGCUCCGGAAAGUCCGUCAUGGCUGCUUCUAUAAUCAAACAACUACAGGAUAUGAAUGUUCCAGUGAUCUAUUUUUUCUUCCGACAGAUCAUCUACGCCAAUCACAAGCCCAUCGUUGCUUUACGAGACUGGCUGUGUCAAAUUCUGGAUUACAGUCCCCCGUUACAGGUUAAACUUAAUCGAGAUGUCAAAGGCGGGCGGUCUCUCGAUAGCUUGUCACCAAUGGAUCUAUGGGAUGACCUCAAGAUGGCAUUGAGUGGACUCACCAAUGCCUAUUGUGUGACAGAUGCUUUGGAUGAGAUGGACAUCGGAAAUGAUGACUUUCUCAACGUGUUGGUUGAGCUUGGCCGUUGGCAUCCAAAGAAUAUCAAGGUUUUAAUGACCUCGCGCCCGGUGGCCCGGUUGGAGAGAUCUUUGAGAUCAUCCAUGAUUUCUAUCCCUCAAAUCCGACUCGAAGAAAUGAUGGUUGAUCGCGACAUCCAAGCAUAUGUCCAGUAUAGACUUCGUGGUUCAUCCAUCGCCAAAGAGCACUGGAGUGUUAUUGAAGAAGCGAUCCCCGGUCGAGCGAACGGAAUGUUUCUCUAUGCAAAAAUCUCCAUGGAUGCCUUCCUUGAACCAGAUGCGGAUGUGCGAGAGGUUCUCAAAGCAUUGCCAAUGGAUCUCAACACCAUGUAUAAUGAACUACUGCAAGAGCACUCUCGGCGAUCAAAUGUUCCCUUUGAGCUCCAGCUGCUUAUUCUUCAGUUUGCCACACAUGCGACACGCCCACUCCGACUCCUGGAGAUUGCUGAAAUGAUAAAUACACGAGAUUCAGACGGCAGUCGAACCUUGAAGGAAACAAAAGACUUGGUCAGAUCUGCUUGCGGGCCACUUCUGGAAAUCUUGCCAGAUGAGACUGUUUCGGUGAUCCAUCACUCGUUUACCGAAUUCCUCAAGGGUUAUACCAGAUCGAAAUCCUCAGACAGCUCUUGGUAUCCCAUCCUUGAAGCAGGUCCAACAAAUUCAAACCUUGCUGUCGCAUGUUUAUACUACAUGCAAGAAGGACGCUUCAACAACGUAGAGGUGACCAAAAGAAUCCCAAAACAAAGCCUUACUGUAUUGGAUCACGAGAAUCCACAACAGAAAAGAGAGCGUGAACUUCGAUUAGAGUUCCCAUUCCUGGAGUACGCCGCAAAGAACUGGGACAAGCAUGCUCUUGGUGCAGAGACGUCGGGUGAAGAUAUGGAAAAAUUCUACAAUGACCUUGAUAAAUUUCUCGCCGAGACAACCCAUGCUUGGAUGAAUUUAGCCUGGCCUCGCCUCCAAAUUAACGACAUCACACCGUUAAAAAUCGUCGCCGAAACUGGUCUAGCUCAAUUUGCAAAGCAUCUUUUAUCGAGGAAUGACUUUGAGGACAUGAAUCCUGAUGAGCUGCCAAUAUUCCGGGCAGCGUCAAACGGCUUCGCAGAUGUUGUUCAGAUAUUCAUUGAACAUGGAGCUGAUAUCAAUGUUGAAGGAAGCGAAGGGCUAAAGCCACUGCACGGAGCCGCCAAAUUGAACCGUGUCGAUGUUGUUAAAGUCUUACUUGCUGCCGGAGCUGAUCCCAUGACGCCAAAGACAAAGGAAGACAUACGCAGAGGUGGAAUGGGCUGUUGCAUUGGUCCUUCUGGUCCCAGUACCAAAGGUCAAACACCGUUGAUGUAUGCGUGCCAUUCUGGUCAUCUACAGACUGUAGCCGAAUUUGUUCCGCUGUUGAAAUUGGAAGAUCUGCUCAAGGCCCUGCAUUGGGCAGCCGAGAAAGGUCGCUCAAAUAUCGUGGAGUUAAUACUGAAGCAGCCUGGAAUUGAUGUCGAUGCAAAGCUGAAGAAUAAUACAGCACUAUUUCUGGCUUGCAAUAGCAAGGACUUCAAGUCAAUUGAACUCUUGGUCAAGGCUGGUGCGUCUCCAAUGAGGCUUUGCGGGAAUGCAGGCCCCGACAACAGCUAUUUAACCAGAUCUCGCCCCCCUGAACCUCCCGCAAGAGGAGAGAAUCUCGAUUCCAAACCUGAAAGGGGAUUCACAGCGCUUCAUUCUCUGUGUAACAAUGCAAACAAAAGACAAAAGUCCUGUGAGCAUCCCAUGGAAUGUGUGAAGCUUCUCCUCGAAGCUGGUGUGGAUAUCAAUUUUCGAGCAUCCGACGGCUCGACGGCUUUGCAUUACGCCAUUGAGGGGGCUGUCGAAUUUAUUAAGCCUUUGCUAGAGGCGGGUGCAGAUCCCACUGCAGAGGAUGAUAAAGGAGUGACACCUCUUCACUCCACUCGGUCAUUCAAAGAUGAAGCCAUAGCACUCUUUGUGUCGAGUCGGAAAGUAAACAUCAACAAGCCCAGAAAGAAGGAUGGAAAGCCUCCUUUGCUUUGCUACAUUGAAGACCACGUACACUACAACAGCAUUAUAUUCUUUUUGAAAUACAAGCCCGAUAUGAAUGCCACCGAUUUCCAAGGAAAUGGACCUUUGCAUGUGGCCCUAAGACGUGGGCCUCACUACUCCGAGCUGAUUGACGCGCUUCUGUCUGCAGGUGCAGAUCCGAAUCUAAAGAACGAUGCCGGAAACACUUCGCUGCAUGUAAUGCAGCAUGAUGUUAAAGAGAACAUCUUGAAAAGCCUUGUUCUAGCCGGCGCAGAUCUCGAGGCACAAAAUCAUAAGGGCCAGUCGGUUCUUUCUGCUCAGGUGCCAUCAUCAAAGAGAGGGUUUGGGGCUGAUUCUUCAUCAAUGCUGAGCCAUCUCGUCGGCCUGGGCGCCCAACUUGAUACGCGAAGCUACAGCGGACAAACUUUAUGGCAUCGUGCGAUUGGAAAUCCCGACGCCUUAUCUCGUCUCCAAAGCAUGGGUCUUGACCCUUCGGUAUCAGACUAUCAUGGUAACACGCCACUUCAUGCAGUUAUCACAGAUCAUUCAAUCUACAACAAGCCAAAUGUACUGCGGCAAUUGAUGGAGAUGGGUAUGAACAUCAAUCAACGUAAUCAUCAGGGUCGGACUGUGCUGCAUACUGUCUGUUUGAGAGACGACUCAUCAAAAGAAACCUAUGAGCUGCUUGAUCAUGUCAUUGGAAUCUGUGAAUCUUCAACACCCAGUGACUACAAGGGAAUACAGCCGUUGCACAUCGCUGCUACGGUCUCUGAAGCAUUUUUCCACAAGCUUCUGAAUGCUGGUGCCGAUAUUCGAGCAAGUACUCGUGAGAAAAUGACGGCCCUUCAUCUUGCCGCGCGGGCACGACAGUCUGGCAUUGUCGAUAUGAUAUUAUCUCGAGCCCAAUCCCUAGAUGAGAAAAGCCGAUUGGAAUUUGUGAACAGUCAAGACGCAGACGGGCGGACUGCUCUUCAUUAUGCAUGUCGCUCUGGUCGACCUGAGACCGUAAAAUCCCUGAUUGAAGCGGGAGUAGAUGUCAAGAUUCUUGAUAUUCACAAGCACUCAGCUCUUGCAAUGUGUGCUGAAUACGAAAAGGAAGCAUCGCGUUGGGAACUUCGAAUGCCAUUUUGGGAAAGAGGGCGACAAACGCGAAAGAAGGGUCUCAAUGCAGCAGGUCUGACCCUGAAGGAUGAGACACGUCCAUUCCCUGAUCGCGCUGACAAUGAUAUCGAGCCCACCUUUGGAGAGAUAAAUUCAGAGCAUGAUACAACGCGCUUGGAUGAGAUAGUAGACCUCCUUCUCAGGAAUGGCCUUGACCCUGAGAGCGAUGUCGAGUCUCUCAGGUUUGCUUGGAAAACAGCUGCAAAUCCCGAAUAUGGGUAUACAAUCUCUUAUCUCCCGCCUCAGCCGAAACGAGACCUCUUGACCUCGACCUAUAACUAUUGGGGAGACAACUCCUAUCUCGAGAAGUUUGACCAAGAUCGAAGAAUAUCUGUCGCGAUUAAUCGUCGCAAAGCAAUGAGAGAGACUCUAGAGAAGAGUGAGCCCCGAGCUGAAGACGAAGAGGAAAACAAGCAGAUAGAGAGACAGGCUACAUCCUUACAAAAUCGACCAUUGAAAAAUGCCCUUGCCUUGAGAUAUUACGAUUUGUUCGAAAGAAUCUCAGAAGGGAUGACCCUUGAUGUCUUUGAUAAAAAGGCAUCGAUACCGCUGAAUAGGCUUGCUCGAUGGGGAUUUGCUGAAAUUCUCAGCCGAGUGUGUACUCGUGAGAUGGCGACCCAGCUUGAUCUCGAUCACUUGGACCCUAAUUCCGAGACGAUGAAAAGGCUUCAAAAUAAUAAACCGCUGGUCAUAUCUGCUUGCGAAAGACAACUUCCCAAUAUAGACACUUUGAAGCUGGUCGUUGAAAAAUUUGGGAUUAACAUCAAUGCUAAAUGCUUUGAGUACACUUAUAAUAAGGGAAAGCCAGGUUCCAAAUUUACCAGAGGGGCUUUGCAUGAUCUUGCUGCUGGGAAGCUAUGGUGGCAUGUGGACAAAGCGUUGCCAUACUUUUUUAAAAUGGGUGCCGAUAUCAACAUUCGAAACCUAGAAGAAGAAACGCCUCUUCUUAUUGCGCUCAAAUCCGGUCAUCCAUUUUCCAAAAAAGCUGCUACGGCUCUCAUCAAAGCUGGUGCAGAUGUCAAUGCAGUUAAUACUGAUGGUGUUUCAUGUCUUUCAUCAGCUGGCGACGAUCUGAGUAUGAUCAAAUUGUUGAUUUCACACGGCGCCAAAGUCAGCCCAAAAGCUGUACUCUCUGCUCUUGAUAUUGGGCAGGUUGAGAUCCUCGAAGCUUUACUAUCUCAUGGUGGACAUGCAACUUCGAGCCAACUCCUCCCACGAGUACUUCGUUACAAUAUUGAUAGUGGUGACUUCAAAGUCCUUGGUGAUGAAACCUUGCCACUGCUAGGAGCAGCCAUGCACAGUGCUCACCGUGGAGACCGGGGCAUAGAACUUUCGACAAGAAAGCGAAUGGUGGAAGUUCUCCUGAAGUACGGAGCAAAUCCAUAUGCCACCUUUUCCAAGCAGGGAUACAAACAGACCAGGGGCCCAUCCAUUAUUAAACCCGAUGACAUUGAUUUCCCAGUCAUGGCUACAACUGUCAUUCACGAGCUUCUUAGGGGCGAUAAGAUCCUUGAACCAUUUUUCAGUCUACCGUCUUUGAAUCUCGAGCACCGUGACGAGAGUGGCUGCACUCUGCUCUUAGCUGCAUCCAUGAAUCUCGGCAAAGACUACGGCUCAAACCCAAAAACAAACUCUAUCAACUGCUUUCAGGCACUUGUUAAUCGCGGGGCCAACGUUCUAGCCCGGGACAUCGAGGGGAAAACGAUCCUACAUCACAUCAGGACUGAAAUCUAUGCGAACAUUGAUAUCCCAAUGCUUCAGACCAUCCUGGAGGCCAACCCAAGUCUGGUAAACAUGACUGACAAUGCCAAUGAGACUGCUCUUCAUUAUGCCCUUCGUGCAGACCGUUACUUCCUAAUCAACUUCUUGCUAGACAAUGGAGCAAACCCAUUCCUACCAGAUAAGGAAGGACAAUCAGCCCUCCACCACCUUGCCAAAUGCAAACGUGACUGGAAUGAAGAGCUUUUUCAAAGAUUCCUCCAAGCAGGCCUUGACAUCAACACCCGUAACAACGAAGGAGAAACUCCACUCUUUGAACUCGUCAGACAUGGCAACGAGGGUCUAUGGCUCGCCGAAAAAGGCCCGAUUUAUAAGGGCAAAGCAUUCGAGUUCUUCCUCAAGUCUGGCGCCGAUCUCUUUGCUAAGAGUGACAAUGGCUCAACCUUGCUUCAUGUCCUUGCUGGAAUCAAAUUGGAUCUCAGACAUUCAUUUCAGGAUUAUCACCCGGGAUCGGGACGGGUUGGCGUGUUAAAAUUCAAGCGGUUGAUGGAUUUGGGAUUGGAUCCUAUGGCUGAGGAUAGGAGACAGAGAACGAGUAUUGAUAUUGCUGCUGCGUCUGAGAAUGAGCUUAUUUUGAAGUUGUUUAAGAGGGAGCAGAUGGAGUAG